AUGGAAGACGAUGCAACGCCCGAGUUAACGCCCGUUCCGAUAGGCGACCACGUGCAGGACUGCGCUAACAGCCAUUCUACGAUGCGCAUGGAAAGUCACGAAGACCGGCGUACAUUGACUUCAUGCACGACGUUUCAGCCAGGACAAAUGCAUUCGGUUCGGUCAGGCACGUACCGCUACUUGAAGGGGGUAGAACUGGAUGGCGCUCCCUACGACUUUGCCAUUGUGACACGGAGGAGCUCACUCGAGAAAAAGGAAACUAAAGCAUCGAUUGACGUGGAUAUGGGCGACGAAGUUGACUGUGCUACGGAAAGAGGGGCCGGGUUGAUCGAGAAUCUAGUCGCCAGUGGUCUGGACGUGGACGUGCUGGAAGGAGAUUUUAGUAGAGUAAAGAUUGACGGAAAGAAGACCAGCAAGUACUUUGUGCUGCUGAUCCGCGGGAACAAUGAGGUGUUGGCUAUUUACGGGAGACGGUUGCGACUCCAGACGUGGUUGCGUUGUGGCAACUCGCGUGAAGUGGACUCAGUAGUGCAAGGCAGUCUUAUUGUCACCCCAGCUGAGAGGAUCCAAGUCAUUGACCAUGUUAUUCGAGAAACGGCCAAGAUCACAGAAGACCACCCAAACGUGCGGUCGAUGUUUCCCGUACACGACCCCGCAACGAAUCGAUACUUGCUGACGUUUAUUGGAACGCAGAAGCUGGAGUUUUUGUCAGGAAAGUUCUUACAAAAAGUCAGAGAUCAUUUUGGUGACAAGGUCGGGUACUAUUUUGCGUUCAUGGAUUUUUACAACAAGUCGCUCUUGCCGAUCGCGUUGCUUGGUGUGCUGUUGACGUGUCUGCGCCGUGUCAUGAGCACGCCUAUGUACAUGCGCGUACUUGUGUGGUGGGCUGUGCUUAUUUCAAUAGUGUGGAGCUUCGGGGUUCUCAAGGCCUGGUCGCGACGCCAAAACGAACUCAAUUACUUGUGGGCGAAUAACAUAGAAACCCAAACGAUCGUGUAUCGCAACCCGAAGUUCCGUGGCGUCGCUUGUAUGAAUCCCGUUACGGGGUUGCCUGACCAAUACUACCCGAGCUGGAAAAGAUAUCCGACGUAUCUGGCCGUGGUCACUUUCAUGGUGGUACAAAUCGCCAUAAUGAUGUUCGCUAUCGCAAUCUGGAUGACUGCCUUUGUGGUGUUAAAAGUACGCUAUCCAGAUCGAGGCAUCUUCUCCGCACAGUGGUUUUAUAUCCUAGGAGGUGGCAUCUUGUACGGAUUCUUCGUGGACAUUAUCCAGUGGAGUGUGCUCGUGACGCGAGUAGCGCGCAUUUUCACACAGUGGGAAAAUUGGAAAACCAUUGAGCAGUUCGAGAAGUCCCUGAUACGCAAGUUAUUCCUCAUGGAUUUCCUCAACUACUACACGUGGUUCUUCCUACUGGCCUUCGUCUAUGUGAUUCCUGGAGCUGGAGAUAUGAUUACCAACUUUCUCAACACACUGAUAUGGGACGAUCCAGCGAACUGCUGCUUCGGGCCGUAUAUGGAUCGUUCGGGUUCACAGUGUACUUCCUGUCCGCCCGCAUGGAAUCGAAUGGGGCUCAUCGAAUCACGCUGCAUCCCAUGUCGUGGAUGGGUGACUUUUGACAAAAGUCACCUGGACUUGGAAACGCUCUUCCUCACGCCCAUCAUUGUCACCCAGUUACUCAACCUGCUGAUAGCUGUCGCCGUUCCCUGGAUUCACCGCAAGCACUACGAACAGCGACUACGCGGAACAGACCAAAAAGUAAUGGACAUGGUAAAGGCUCAAAGUGAGCGGCAUCUGCUGGCCGAGAUGUCGUACCAAAAUGAAGGCUUUGACAACCAUGGCUCUAGUCCCGUGGUUCGCCAUCGCGACGAACUCGCGCACUUUCUCAAUCGGUCAUCAGCUCGAUACCUAGAGAAUAGCGACAAUGAGGUGGAGCUGCUUAACGCAAAGGUGCGCGCAAUUCUGUUCGAAAGCGAGCAGGAGAACUACGAUCCGUACGAUGACUACCAUCACAUGACGGUGCAGUUUGGCUUCGUGGUCAUGUUUUCGAUGCUAUGGCCACUCAUGCCUGCUGCUUGCAUGCUUGUGAAUGCGCUGAAAACCCGUGGCGAUGGCUUCCGGUUGUGCCGAACUAACCGGCGCCCGUUGCCGCGCAAGGCUGGGGGCAUCGGGGAGUGGAACAACAUUCUUCACGUCAUUGCGCUCACCGGUGUGCUUGUCAAUAUCGGUCUCAUUUUCAUCUCCACCGGUGCCAUGGAGUUUUACUCGCCCUCUUGUUCAAAGCAGAUCACGAACGCAAUUGGCGGCAACUUUUCCUACUUUCGCUUUGGUCCGGACUUCGCCUGUUUCUCGCUCACUACGCGCAUGAUAAUGAUUCUAGUGAGCGAGCACGUGUCACUGCUAUUGAUCUGGGCAUUCUGGACGAUCGUUCGUAGCGUCCCAGCAAAGGUCCAGCUCAAUAUGCUGCGCGAGGAGUACACUUUCAAGUCGCAGUUGUACCAGUCUGCAAGAAGGAAGGCAGAUGCAAUCGAGACUUCACCAUCACGAGCUUCAGCUGCCCCGUCAGACCGCGGCAUAAGGUCGCACACCACGUAUACGGCUACAGCAGGGGGUAAGCCCUCAUCACCUGUCGGCGUCUCGCAGCGUGUGGGCGUUUUCACGGGCUCGAGCGAGGAGACCGAGCCACUGCUGUCGACGAAGCGGCUGGCGCAGGCGUGGGACUCAAUGCCAGCGCCACCAUUGAAUUAG